GCGCUUUCAACUGUUACUGUAAGUGAACUCGCCUUAAAACCCAUCCAUGACGACGUAACGAGAAGAGAGAGUAGUAUCUCUGACCUCACUUACCCAUUCUCUUCGCGUCUCUUUCAAAUACCUACCUACCUACCUACCUACCUAUCUACGCCGUACACACUCACCCAAAUCUCCCACAAACCCAAAAUGCGCACCCCAACCAUCCCCCCCCUCCUCCAAACCCUCCUCCUCCUCCUCUCCAUCCUCCCCCACCUCACGAGCGCACAAUUCGGCUUCUUCGAGCAAAUGUUCGGCGGCAACGGCGGCGGCGCGCAGCACCAUCAGCAGCACCAACACCGGCAGCCGCAGAACGUGCCGAGCGACCCUUCCUUCUACCAGGCCAACUACGACCGCCUGCACUGCGACAACUACUUGUGCCCGGACACUUUGGCCUGCGUCCACUUCCCCCACCACUGCCCGUGUCCCUGGCCCAGCCAGGAGGACAAGUUCGAGAUGGGCGACGGCCACCGGAUAUGCGUUUCCAAGGGAGGGUUCAAGGCCGGAGAGGCGGCGCGAAAAGUUGAGCUGGCUAGGAAGGGGAUGCUAUGAGUUCCUGACAUGUUGAAAGUGUGCGUUUGUUAUCCAGCGUUGUGUUAAAAGAGAUAUGAUGUGGCUGGCUGUAUUGGAUUGUCACAAGCACCUAUACAGAAGCUCGGAAGAAGCCCAUCGACGGACGAACAACGAGUUAAUGCGGUUGUUAUCGAUGCCACGUUGGUCUGAUUACCUGUCUAGAAGUGUCACGAUAGAAGCGUACUUGAACUAGUUAUUUCAAUGAUUUAGGGGAC